CUUGAUUGAGCAUCUGUUUACCACCGCCACUGCUGUUACUAUACAUGUAAGAGCUCAUUGACAGCGAACAUGUCUCGGCCAUCAUCCACGUCCCAGCGUCCCUUGACGCUAACUGAGGAAUUGGAAAAGCUUGAACAAUCUAUCACCCUGACCCUACAAGAAAUCGACCACAAUUUCAGCCAGGCCCAUCGAAUCGUUACAACUAGUAUCCUCCCCCUUGUCGAGAAAUACGCAGAACACUCCCACGAUGUUUGGGAAGGCGCCAAAUUCUGGAAACAAUUCUUCGAGGCGAGCGCAAAUGUCUCCCUCUCAGGCUAUGAGGAACGACCCAACGAAGACACAUUGCAAGAACAAAGUGUAACAGAAGGCGACUUAACUACCGACGCCACACCGAGCAACCUUACCGAUACUGGCACAUACGAAACACCCUCCUCCGACCAUCUAGAUAUCAACCACCGCCCGGACGACCUGGAGCUGACAUCGCUGAGCCUGUCCUCUCAUAGCACACCCCGGCCGCCCGUUUUCGACCGACCAGAUGAUAACGACACGACUGUGACGUCGUCCAUCGCCCGGCCAUCACCAUACGAGGCUCUGAAGAGGGAAAUCGACGAGAGCGACGCGCCCUUUGAAGGCGAAGAUGAUGAUCUCCCCACUACCCCCGGAAGGCCUUUCCGCCCACAGGGAUAUUCAUUUAACACGCGCGACGAGCUAAUGUCAUCCUCGCCAUUCGUUCCUCCGGUGUCACAUGAAAAGUUUUCUGUGGGCAAGAGCCCCGCUGAUCCGGUCUUGCAUCGUCUCCAGGACAAGACGUAUCGAGUUCAGGCCACUCCGCUCGGAAAGGAUCAUGGAGCAGGGCGCUCUAAAUUCACUAUAACGCCGAAACCCUCCGCGUCCAAAUAUGCCUAUGAUGACUCGCCGAUCUCCAGCCCUGAACCCGAAGCACCCCAGCUCCAUGCGGAAAUUUUCUCCUCGCCUGUCAAAACCCCCGGUACCAACCGGAAGCGACGUACGAGUAGUCAUCUGCGUGUUACGCCAAUGCCCGGGGUUAGUGUAUUGACGCCAGUAAAGAGCGGUGGCACAAACCGACCAGUGUGGGACAGCGACGAUGACUUCGACAAUGACGAGGAUGAGGAUCUGGGGCCGAGUCCGCCGAAAACAAUGCAGUUCCAUAUUCCCCAGAGCAGGUUAAUGAAGACUCCAGCAAAAGAAGCAUCCAGACGAAUUGUCGAGGAUUUGUUAUUUACCGCCGGGGCAAAUGACACAACAGAUGAUAUUGCAAACGAGCAGAGUCCCAGCAUCAUCCAAAGGGUCCAGCGCAUAGAGGAUGAGACGUUUUGA